AUGGAAGGAAAGCAAAAUGGUCUGUGUCUGCUAGUUGCAAUUGUGUUGGAAUGCCUCUUUCUGUGUGCUUCACAAAUUUCUGCAGGUGACAAGAUGGUAGAAAACAAUUCAGAUAAGCUGAGCCUCGGAGGAUUUCUUAUUAGUCAACAAGAUAGAUCUUGUUUGGUGUCUCCCAAUCAGACAUUUUCUGCCGGAUUUUAUGAAGUGGGUGACAAUGCAUAUGCUUUUGGCGUGUGGUACACUCAUACGGCGAAUCUAACAGUUGUUUGGACGGCAAACAGAGAUCAGCCCGUGAACGGAAGGGAUUCCCGUCUUGAUCUGCAAACCGAUGGAAACCUGCUUCUGUAUGAUGCAAAUGGAAGGACUGUAUGGGAAACACACACGGCCGGCAACGACUUGAAUGUUAAAGAGGCUGUUCUACUGGAAACGGGAAAUCUUGUUCUGCUGAACUCAUCUGGAGGGAGCGUUUGGGAAAGUUUCAAGUUUCCAACAGAUACUCUUCUUCCCCAUCAGCCACUCAUAGGGAAUUCUCAGUUAGUAUCUAGGUUGGGCACAGAUCCCAUUACCUCAGGAUACUAUCGUCUCUAUUUUGACAACUACAACUUUCUUCACUUAAUGUUCCAAACAUCGUAUGUGGUCUCCAAUUACUGGCCUUCCGUCUACGAUGGAUUAUCGGGAUUCAACCUUAGCCGUUAUGCAGUUUUGGACGAGUUUGGUGGCUUCAAAUCAAGCGAUAACUUUAGUUUCGCCGCCUGGGAUUAUGGCCUAAAUCUUAAAAGAAGAUUGACCUUGGAUCCCGAUGGCAAUCUGAGAUUAUAA